AUGAGUGCUAUUGCCUGGGAUCAGAAAAAUGAUUUUUUGAUGGACGUGGACGGCCUAGACUUCCUUAAAAGUUCGAGUAUGGAUACUACGGUCCAAAAUGAACACGAAAUAGAAGACGUGGCAGUAGAUUCAAUCUCGGGGGCACCAGAGUCGUAUUUUGAGGGGGAGCAGCCCAUUAGGACUUCUGUGGAGUCUUUCAGGGCUUCUGGGCGUUUCUUGAAGUUUCAAAUAGCCCCUGUUGCCUCUCGCAGUGUGGGAUAUGUUACUGGAGUCAAGACAGAGGAGGACUUCGAUGUGGCAAACUCCAGGUUAUAUACACCAACUUUUCCUCGUCUCGAUUCAUCUGAAGCAUACAAACAGUUUGUCCUAACCUGUUUUGAGAUUUACAAAAAUCUGGGAGAGGACCGAAUUUUCAGUGUUCCCACGAUGGGUUUAAUAAGCCAGUCUUCUCGCAGAGAGCAUACUGAGGCAGUCAAUUUGGCUAUGGAGGCACUGGUAGAUGAACUUGAAACUUUUGCAGCCACUCAAAGUUUCGUACGAGGUUCGGAGCUGGAGGAAUGCUUAUCUAUUUUGAAUUGCGUAAAGGCUGUUCACUUCACUAAAGAUUUAGAGGACGAAUAUUCUCAAAAGAGUGGACUUGUGCAGGAGCUUACACAGUGGAUUAACAGGGCUGACGGAGAGCCCUCGGAGCACGUCAUUGAAAACGUUUUUGAGCAGCAUGGGAGCGCUAAAGUUUAUGAUACGUCUUCAUUCUGGCACCUUGUCAACCAGUUACUUCUACGUGGUCUUUUUGAGCAGGCUGUUGGUGUUCUGGAAAGAUCUCAGAUUUAUUCGGAAUUGCAGUCUCAGUGCGAGCUCAGUUUCAAUGUUCUGACUGACGCAACAACCCUGCUGCAAGAGUAUCCCUCGAGCGGCGGAGAAGAAUUUAGAGAAUGGAAGGCAGCAGCUCUACAACUGUCUCAAAUAUAUUCCGAGUCCUCAUCGGGCUUGAACCCUGAACUACGCAAUUUCAUCAAUGACAUGAUUUUGCUGAUUGGCGGAACCCAAGCUAAGAUCUUACAGUACUCUAACACAUGGUAUGAGUCAUUUUGUGGGCUUUACAUGUUUUAUAUUCCAACGCUGGAUCUGUCGGAAGAAUAUCUUCAAAUAUCACUGGACGCUCACCCCGUUGAUGUGUGUAACACUUGGGAGCAAGCAAGUGUGGAGGUAAUAAAGGGCAAAAUAUAUGCAGUUCUGCCGAUGCUUGAGUCGUUGGAUUUUUGCGUAGCAGUGUUUUUUGCUGCGAUUUGUGAAGCAAAGGGCUUAUUGGAGUCCAGUAAUAGCUUAACCAAUCAUCAAAAUAGAUACGAAGGCAUUGAGGGAGAUUUAUUCUCUUCAAAUAACAGCAUGGCGAGUUUCUUGCUUCAUGGGUUUGCAUUGGAGCUUUGCUCUUACGAUGAUAAACAUCUAUGGUCAGUUGCAAUAGGAAUUUUGGCUCUAUCACCAAGUGGCAACGAUAGCGCCGUGAGGUUAGCCAUAGCUGAACUCUUGCCACAUUACCCGUUCCAAAACAAUGAUGACAUAGAGUGGCUACUGACGUUAUGUGCGAAAUGGAGAUUGCCCGAGAUUGCCAAGACCAUUCAUCGAAUCCUAGGUAAUAAGUUUCUGUAUGACAACAACGUUAUUGAGGCAAUGACCAAUUUCAGUAAAGCUGGCGAGUUUGAAUGGGUAAAGCAUUAUUCUUGGAUGAUAUUUGAAGCUUCCGCUAUCCAAGGCUCGCCACUAGAAGAUGUUGUGAUAGAUGCAAUAGUAAGCAAAGAGAUUGACACCAAGAUUCCUAAAGAGGUCUUGUCAAACGUGUUAACGGAUGUUAUGAAACAAACCUUGUCACCAUAUGCGGUUUUGUAUCAGUUUUAUCAACAACUGGCACAACAAGACUGGGAUGGUGCGUUACAGAAUCUUUUGAACCUCCUCGAGUUUCGGUAUUUGCCAAGACACUACGUUUCGUUACUGAUUGCCAAAUUCUUGUAUCCGGUAUUUUUGCAAGAAGACUCUCGGCAAAUUGCUGAGGAUAGCAUAAUGCGAAUCAUAAAGGCUAUGGGCAAUCUAAGUGAAGAUGAUAAAAGCACUGCAUUGUAUGAGGUUUUAAAACAGCGGCCGGGAAAUGAGAUGCUACCCGCUCAGUUGAAGGAGUUGACCAAAUCGGUGAGGCAACGAUUGAAUUACAAGAUUUGUCUAGAGUUCAUGAACUAG